AUGAAGAAAAACACUAAUAUUUAACAUUUGAAAAGCCAGAAAUGUACAGACAUGUGUAGGAUAGAUACGUGUGUCUUUAUGCCACUUUAGAUGUGAAUUAUAAUAUUUUUUACGUGGGUGACGUUAUUUCCCGUGUGUGGGUGAACGCAGCAUUAGCGCAGCGCAGUCUGUCGGAAAAACGAACCCGCAGACAGAAGCUCAUCGCCCGCUACACGUGAACACGAAGCCCCGCUGGUUUCGCUCCGCCCGCUUUACAUCCACACAAAGCACCGCUGAUUUCCCGGUGAUUAAAAAAACGCGCCUGAGCCGCCAUGAACACGGAGGAGACCAACGUGGAGAUGAAGGAUGCUCCGGGCAGAGAUGCUGAGCCCAAGGAGGAGCCCAAGGAGGAGGCGGCCGCGGAUGCUGACGCCACGGAGGCCGAUGUGAGCGAGGCGGACCUGGACCAGGAGGAGCAGGAGAAGCAGCCGAUGACCGGAGGGGGCGACCGGGCUGCGGAUGCCCCGUCAGCCAGCGAGGAGGAGGUGACGGUGACCGUGUCCGCGGCGGAGAAGAACGGCUCCGUGAAGCUGAAAAUCCCCGAUGAGGAUGGAGCGCAGGAGGUGAAAUUCACCGGGCUGAACAAGGAGGAGCUGCUGAGGGUGGCGGGAACCCCGGGCUGGGUGCGGACCCGCUGGGCCCUGCUGGUGGUGUUCUGGCUCGGCUGGUGCGGGAUGCUGGGGGGCGCUGUCCUCAUCAUCAUCCGGGCCCCCCGAUGCAGAGACCUGCCCCCCACCAACUGGUGGAACGACGGCCCCCUGUACCAGGUCGGAGACGUCCCGGCGUUCAGCGGGGACCUGAAGGGUCUGGAGCAGAAGCUGGACAGUGUUUCUCAGCUGAAAGUCAAAGGUUUGGUGGUCGGUCCGAUCCACGUCGCUCCGCCCAACGAGGCCAUGAACCUGAAGUUUGAGGAGAUUUCCUCCGAGGUCGGAAACCUGGAGCAGUUCAAAAGUUUCGUCAAGGCCGCUCACAAGAAGGGUAUUUCUGUGGUUCUGGACCUGACUCCAAACUAUCGGGGAUAUGAACCCUGGUUCUCCAACGGCAGCGUCACCAACGUCGCAGAGAGACUGAAGUCUGCUCUGGUGUUCUGGCUGAGUGAAGGCGUGGACGGCGUCCAGCUGUCCGGGGUGGAGCGGGUGGCGAGCGUGGUCCCGUCCCUCUGGGCCGACAUCCAGGCCAUCGUCCAGAACGGAACCAACGAGCGGCCCAGCAGCAGGGUCCUGAUCGGCGUCACAGAUCGCUCCUCGGCUGAAGACGUGUCCUCCCUCCUCUCCACCACCGGUGUCAACCUCCUCGUCUCCAACGUCCUGCUCCCUCGCAACAAAGACGCCACUGAGCGCGCUCAGUCCAUCCAGCGCUUGUAUUCGUCCCACGGUCCGUUGAAGCUGGCCUGGAGCAUAGGGGGGCGGGCCCAGGGCCACCUCGCCUCGCUGGUGGGCCGGGCUCGGGUCAACCUGAACCAGCUGCUGCUGAUGACGCUACCGGGGACGCCCGUCUUCAACUACGGAGACGAGAUCGGCCUGGUGGACGAGGGCAAGUUUCCCAAGAUGCUUUGGGACUCGGAUGAGGAACUGAAUGGAACUCUCCAGGAGGAUCGAGCCGAGCGUCUGUCCUGCCGUCGUUUUUUCCAAACUCUGAGCGAGCUCCGGGUCAAAGAUCGCUCCCUGCGGUUCGGAGACUUCCACCUCCUCUCUAACUCCUCCUCCUUCCUGGCGUACCUGAGGGUCUGGGAUCAGAAUGACCGUUACCUGGCUGCCUUCAACUGGGCGGAGGAGGAGGAGGAGGAGGUGGUUCUGACGCCUCCUCCGAGUGACGUAGCGCCGCCGCGAUACGUCACCGUCGUCCUCAGCACCAACAGCAGCGUCCUCCCCCGGGACGCCAGCGUGGACCUGACCAAGCUGAAGCUGGGCCCCGGGCAGGCGGCGCUCCUCAAGUUUCCCUACCCCGGCUAGAUGUUAAUAAUAAUAAUAAAUGUCUCACGUGCAUUUAAAUCUGAGAGUCCAGCAUAAAAAUAAAAAAUAAAAAAGACAAAUCAAA